GCUGUUGAUUUGUGCAAUUAUUUCCAAUACACGAAAUUGUCAACAGAGAGCUUUGUACAAACUUACGCCAGAGGUGGCGCAUGCGCACGAGAGAAAAAUUGUUGUGAUACGAAGUUAUGGCCGUCGCCAUGCAGACUGAAAAUUUUCCUUUCCUUCCAUCGGGGCUGGAGCAAGUGAAUAAGAUGAUCAAGGAGCAUGGUGACCUCUUUACAGACAGCUUGUGCAGCGUCUGCAAUGCUGUCCUAAUUUCGGAGUCCCAGAAAUUGGCUCAUUAUCAGAGUAAAAAACAUAGCAACAAGGUGCGGCGCUAUCUUUCACUCCAAAAUGAGAAGGGGCCUGAGUCGAAAAAGUUCAAGCCUCCAUCAUGUGACAUGAUGGAAACUGACCAAUCCGACCCCAUGAAGAUCUGUGACAUUUGCAAGAUGAACUUCACGUCUUCCGUGAUGGCCCAGUCUCACUAUCAGGGCAAAAUUCAUGCCAAGAAUCUGAGACACAAAACUGUGGAUCCUCUGUCACAAGCCCAAGCGGCUGUACCAGUGCCGCAUCCCGACACAGACCCCGUGAACGAGAAACACCCGAACCGCUUCUGCUCCAUCUGCCAGGCCUGCUUCAACAACGCACAGAUGGCCCAGCAGCACUAUGUGGGCAAGAAGCACAGGAAGCAAAUGGCCAAGCUCAACCUGAUGAAGCUGUACGGCAAACCCACCACACCAGCUGCCGCAGGGAAAGGUCUGCCAUGCACCAUCUGCAACAUUGAGCUGAACUCUGUGGAUCAGUACCAGUGUCACAUCAGCGGGGCCAAGCAUAAGAACCAAAUGAAAAAAUCUGGCCUGAACCCAUCUGAGAACCUGCACAUGGCACAACAGUCACCUGAUGACGAAAACAAGUCAGUAGAUGACGGCGGCCACCCUGGAACUGUUGAGACCACAGCCGGAAUGGGCGACAACCAGUCUGACAACGGCGAUUACGAGUUUGGAACAGCGAGCCAACAGUUUGGGACAAAAGAUGUUCUUUUUGAAGACACCUUCUACGCCCUGGGAGAGGACGAGUUUGUGACGGAGGGCACCCUGUUUGGGUCGGCAGAUGACCAGUGUGGCUCCUUAGACAGCUAGUCCGGCCCUAAGGAGAGUGCUUAUAUAAGGGGACACUAGAACCAUGAGACUGCAUCCAGCGAGCGACUUCAGGGGGAGGGUUUAGUCAGGACUCGUGACAGAAACCCUACAGAUCAUAAGCUUCAUCGGACCUUCACAUCCAUACGGAAUCAUGCUAGUAGGUUCCCCACCAGAAUUGUCUCAGAAAAAGCAGUUUUGGACUCUGGAAGGUUUUUUUUCCUAAGGAGCCUAAACGUCAAUGUGGAGUAUCUUAGUUUUUUUUUAAAUCAAAAUUAUUUUUUAUAGAAUGUAAACCUUUUUUUGGCUCCAAAGUCGGAGGUUUGUGUUUGAGCAUGCGAUGAUUACCAGUGUAAAAGCCCAAAUCUGCUUAUCGGUCGGCAUUAGUUGUACCCUAACGGACAAGGUGAGUUUCAUGGUCAUGUGAUCCCAGGUUCAUUUCACUUUGCAAUAUUUAUAGAAACACAGCUCGCACAUUUAGUAUGUCUUUAUUACACUGUUUUUCCCGCUUUUCCACUGCACGGUGUCAGCUCUGCUCUACUUUGUUUGGCUGUUGUGGUAACGCAGUGUUUUUAUUCAAAAUGCUGCAGCAGGGAACUGCAAAAAACGCAUUGACGGUGUCAUUUGGGACAAGCCAAGGAGAUGCAUUUUGUUCAAGAGAAGACUGAGGACAAUGAGUUUUUAUUACUUUUACUUUCGACACUUUCCACGGCACAGGUCUAGCUCAGUGCUAUUCCUUUCCUUUCCUUUUUUUUUUUUUCCCCCACAAGGACGUCCUGUGUUUUUGUGUAAGGAGGCAUGUUAUUCAAGAGCAUACUGAGGGCAGUUAGUCUUGAUUACAUUUACAUACAUAUUUACAUACUUUUCCACUGCCUAGUGAAAGAGGGUCUCCUGUGUUUACACCUUGGGAAAGUAGAUGCAUUUUAUUCGAGAGGCACCUGAGGACAAUGAGGCUUUAUUACAUUACUUUUGCCCCUUUUCCGCUGAAAGUUACCUGCCCAUAUUUAUGUUAUUGUAAAUUGUACAACGGGAAACUGCAAAAACUGUAUUUACUUCUUGGGCAAGGUGACAUUUUAUUCCAGAGUAGGUUGAGGCCCUCUACAGCGACGUGAACACAGCGGAAUCUUAUACUGCAGCUUGCAGAGUUAACUAAUGUUAGCAUGUUUGUUUUAGUCAUUUAAAGCGGUUGUCUUGACAAAUGAGCAACCAACAUUGGUUUACGUCACCCACGUCUCAUUCCAGAUACUGGAAAUAUUACCUCACAGUCAGUAGAGAGUGGAGCCAAGCCGAAUAAGUACCGUGCAGAGGAAAGUGGGCAUGAGAAUAAUGAAGAGAUUGUUGCAUCAUGGUCCUCUACCACCGUGCGUACCGUCAAUAGACUGCUCUCAACAGCAACACUGGAAAUCUCUUCCACUUUGUUGCCAACAUGUCACAAGCAGCUCCUUUACUGUAGUGUUGUUUUUAUUGGUUCAAUUGUUGACUGUCAAUAUUGUUGAAGUGAUGUCAGAAGCAUUGUCCUCGCAUAACGACUGACUGACUUUAUUACAGAAUGUCUGCUAGAGAGAUGCUUUUUGGAUGUAAUUUAUAUGAAAAAGGAAGCUGCUUUCUGCUGUAUAGGUUAUGCUAUAAUUGGUGGUGAUGUUUUUGUCAUUUUGUUUUCUUCUAAGUUGCGUUAUGAAGGAAAGGAAAAUUGCAAGUCGUGCGUUGAUUAAAAAAAAAAAGAAGAGACAAAAAUACCUCUUAAAGUUUUCUCACUCCCCUUGUUUUCUUUCAAGUGUCACAAGCACUGGCAUCAGCAAAUAAACCAAAAAUUGGAAGCGGCCACAACAUUCUUCACUGUCUCAAGUGUGAUGCAGUGCACCACCACAUCCACACGGUGUCGCCACUUAAUUGUGUGACCCAGUCUAGUCUGGGUCACACAAUUAAGGCAUUACAAUGUUUUUAUACACUCCUGAUCAAAAUCUUAAGACCAGUUGAAACAUUGCUAGAAUUUGCAUUUUGCACAUUUGGAUCUUAAUGAGGUUUUAGGUAGAGCUACAAUAUGCAAAAGCACGAAGGGGGAGUGAGACAAAAAGCACUUAAAAAAAGUAAUUUAUUGAAAACAACAAACUGAAAUAGGCUGUUCAUCAGCUGAUCAAAAGUUUAAGACCAUCGCUCAAAAAAUAACAAAAACUGAUGGCCAUUUUUAUAAACUUCCCUUGCCAUCCAUCCCCAAAUGUUCUGUAUGGGAUUUAAAUGAGGGGAACAUGCAGGAUGGUCCAAAAGAGUGAUGUUAUUCUCCCUGAAGAAGUCCUUGGUCAAGCGAGCAUUGUGAACUGCAGCGUUGUCCUGUUAAAAAACCCAGCUGUUACCACACAGACGAGGGCCCUCAGUCAUGAGGGAUGCCCGCUGCAACAACUGCACGUAACCGCCAUUUGAUGACCCUGCGCCACCUGAAACUCCAGUGUUCCACUGAAUGACAAAGCAACCCAGACCAUGAUGGACCCCCCUCCACUGUGCCAGGUAGAAAAUAUCUCAGGUAGGAUCUCCUUGUCAUGCCAGUUGGAAGCCAUCUGGACCGUCAAGGUUACAUUUUUUCUCAUCAGAGAAUAAAACAUUUUUCCACCUUUCAAUGUCCCAUGUUUGAUGCUCCCUGGCAAAGUCUAAACAAGCAGUUUUGUGGCGUUGAAGAAGACAAGGUCUUUGAAUUCAUUUUUUAAACCCUUUUCCCGCAGAUGCCGUCUGAUGGUUAUUGCGCUGCAGUCGGCACCAGUAAGGUCCUUAAUUUGGGUCAAAGACCACCCUGUGUCUUGAUGGACAAUUGGAUCCUCCGGCUCAGCGCAGGUGGGAUUUUUUUUGGGUCUACCACUUGACUUUUUUGUUCUAUAAUGCUCAGGAUCUUUCAAAAAAUGUAGAAUGACUGAUUUACUGCGCCAAACCUCAGCAGCAAUGCGCUCACACACUGCGAGAGGCCUUGCUUAUGCAGCUCGACAAUCAGAUCACGUUCAAAAAAAUAAAGCUUCUUAGCUUUGGCCAUCAGGAGGGCAUGACAGUGUGAAUGCCUGACAGAAAAUGAACAUUUUGAGCAGAUUUGGGCUUUUAUAGCCUGUGGUCUUAAACUUUUGAUCAUCUGAUAAACAACCUAUUUCAGUUUUUUUGUUUGUUUAAAUUACAAGUUCCAAAUGUUUUUGUCUCACUCCCCCUUCUUGCUUUUGCAUAUUGUAGCUCUACUUAAAAC